AUGCCACCCACAAGCAAGCUCGACCUUCGCAAAGGAUUCUUUGGCGAAGGCUCUGUCGAAGUCUCACCACCAAAGCCCGGGGAAGGUGGUGUUCGACGUCUGGCCGUGACUGCAGACCGCCUGCUUACAGAACCUCGACCGGACGUGAAGACUGUACCUGAUGUCCUCGACUACGCUGCGAAGACCUUCGACGGCGAUCAUAGGGCAGUCGGUUGGCGCGAUAUUGUUCGCAUUCACGAGGAGAAGAAGAUGGUCAAGAAGGUCGUCGACGGCGAAGAGAGAGAGGUCCCCAAGACAUGGUCUUAUUACGAACUGACCGACCCGAAGUACAUGACGUUCACAGAGUAUCGCGCAGCUGCUCGAGAGGUUGGGCGAGCACUCGUCCAUCUAGGGAUCGGGGAGAAGGAUGAUGUCAUCAACAUCUUCGCCCAAACAAGCGUGAAUUGGCAACUCAUCGCCCAUGGAUGCCAGAUGAUUUCCACUGCCAUCGCCACUUCCUAUGAAACUCUAGGCCCCGAAGGUCUUACGCAUUCUUUGAAUGAACCCAACUGUCGCGGUAUCUUCACCAACACCGACCUCCUGCCUACAGUCCUCAAGGUCCUCGACAACACUCCUUCCGUGCAAUUCGUAUUUUACGACGGUUCACCAGACUCAUCCUCAAUUGACAAAAUCAAGUCGAUUCGCGAUGGAUCUGUUCAAGCCAUUCACAUUGACGAUUUGCGCAAAUUGGGCCGGGAACAACCCGAAUCGAUCCUCGAAGGACGACGACCGACACCGGAGACCAGUGCCUGUAUCAUGUACACCAGUGGGACCACAGGAACGCCCAAGGGUGUCCACCUCAACCAUGGAAACCUCAUUGCCUCUGUAGCGGGCGUCGACUUCCUCUACGCUCACCACAUCCCGGUGGGAACAGUUUACCUUGCCUACCUCCCCCUCGCCCACGUUCUCGAGUACAUCGUAGAACUUUGUGCCCUUUAUACCGGUGCAACCGCCGUCUACGCUCGUUUCAAGACGCUCAGCGAUUCUUCUGUGAGGAAUUGCAAGGGAGACCUCACCGCGUUCCAGCCUACUGUCCUUUUCGGCGUUCCCGCUGUUUGGGAGAACAUUCGGAAGGGCAUCCUCGGCAAGCUCGAUGAGAAGGGAUGGCUUCUCCAGAAGGUGGUGACGACCUCUUUGGAAGCGAAGAAGCGGGGAGUGCCCGUCUUGGGAUGGUUCGCGGACAACUUUAUUCUUCAGAAAUUGAGGCAGCCUACGGGCGGCAACGUCCAAUGGGGAAUCAACGGUGGUGCUGCAAUCAGUAAGAACACCCAGGAAUACAUCAGCUUGUCGGUGAUGCCUCUCAUGCAAGCCUAUGGUAUGACGGAAUCAUGCGGCAUGUGCGCUAUCCUUCCCCCUGAGCUCCACCAGUAUGGCGUCGCUGGUCUCCCCGUCCCGUCCGUCGAAAUCAAGUUCCUCGACAUCCCGGAUAUGGGCUAUACAUCCCAGAACGAUCCUCCACAAGGCGAGAUCUGUAUACGUGGCCCCUCUCUCACCAAGGGGUACUACAAACGACCCGACCUCAACAAUGACCCCAACAUCUUCACCCCUGAUGGCUGGCUGCGAACAGGUGACAUUGGCCAAUGGAACAAAGACGGUACUCUGAGCGUCAUCGAUCGACUAAAGAACCUUAUCAAGCUUCAGAACGGGGAGUACAUCGCACUUGAGCAGCUCGAAUCUGUGUACAAGUCUUGUGAGCUUAUCAGCAACCUGUGCAUCUACGCCUCCCAGGACGCCUCCCAACCCAUCGGUAUCAUCGUCCCGCACGAAAAUAACCUUCGCGCAGCUCUCCGCAACAGCCCUGACUCCAAGCUCUCCUCCCUCGCCUCCAAGCCCAUUGGAGAUCUCUGUCACGACGAUGAUGUGAAGAAGUUGGUCUUGAAGACUUGCAAUGAGCUAGCGAGGAAGAACAAGUUCAAGCAGGCUGAGAUGUUCUUGGCGGUAAUCCUUUCCUCGGAGGAGUGGACGCCAGAGAGUGGGUUGGUGACUGCUGCUCAGAAGGUGAAUAGGGGUGCGGUUUCGAAGAAGUUCAAGGAUGAGAUUGCGGCUGCUUAUGGAAACUAG